AUGGAAGUACCCACGGUCCAGAUUCUCUGGGUUUGCUCCACCGAUUCCGCCGAGUUCACUCAGUUGAGCUGGGCUCUGACUCACUCCUCCGUCAUCGGUCUCGACGCCGAGUGGAAGCCCGUCCGGAGCAGCAGCAGCGGCGGCGGCCAUCACGAAUCUACUUUUCCAGCAGUUUCUCUCCUCCAAAUCGCAUGCCGACCGUCCGCAAAUUCCGACAACGCGGCCUUCCCGCCGCCGGUCUUCCUCCUGGACCUACUCCAGCUCCCUCUUCCCUCAAUUUACGAAUUGUUGAAGGGCGUAUUCACAUCCCCGAAUGUUCUCAAAUUAGGUUUCAGGUUCAAGCAAGACUUGGUUUACCUGUCAUCCACUUUUUGUUCUAAAGGCUGCGAUCCUGGCUUCGAUAGAGUCGAACCUUUCAUUGAUAUUACGACCGUGUACUGCAACCUGCAAAUACAAAGGAAAGAGUUUUCUGGAAGAAAAUUGCCGAAACAAAGCAAGAGUUUGGCGCACAUUUGCCAAGAAGUGCUGGGUGUUUCACUUUCAAAGGAACUUCAAUGCAGCGAUUGGUCACAUCGUCCUCUGAGUGAAGAGCAAAUGAAGUAUGCCGCUGCCGAUGCUGAGUGUUUGCUUCAAAUAUUCAACGUCUUCCAAUCAAAGAUUGAUAAAGAAGGGUUUUACUCUCAUUGGUCGUCGACUUCAAAUCCUGGUUUGAAGCAAGUUCUUGAGGUGUCGAAUUCAUGUGAAACGGUAUUGAGGAAUAAUGUAUGUGGUGCAUCUGAUAUGGUUCAGGCUGUUAUACCUGCUUUGGCUGGUUGUAAUCUUGACACAAAUGCCGUAGGUUGUGAAAAGUCAAGUGCGAUCAAUGAACAAAUGGAUCUUCCCCUCUUUCAUAUUGUUAGGAAGUACGGUGAUAAAAUUUUGUUAAACGAUUCCGACAGGAAGCCUAAACUGUCCAAGAAGAAAGUGAAAAGGUUUUCUAGGGGAAUGACUCACAAAGAAAACCUGAUUCAAAGUGCUGAUGAUUGGCAAGGGCCACCUCCAUGGGAUUUAGCAUUAGGCGGUGAUGGUUGUCCUAAAUUUCUGUGUGAUGUAAUGGUUGAGGGCUUAGCGAAGCAUUUACGCUGUGUUGGCAUAGAUGCUGCUGUUCCUCAUUCAAAGAAGCCCGAAACCAGGGACUUGAUUGACCAAGCUCAAAAGGAAAAGAGAGUACUAUUAACAAGGGAUGCCAAGCUUUUGAGAUAUAACUAUCUGAUUGGAAAUCAAAUAUACAGGAUAAAAAACCUUCUGAAAAAUGACCAGCUGCUUGAGGUAAUUGAAACUUUUGAGCUCAAAAUAUGUGAAGACCAGCUAAUGUCAAGGUGCACUAAAUGCAAUGGGAAGUUUAUUCAAAAACCCCUAACAACUGAAGAGGCUGUUGAAGCGGCCAAGGGAUUUCAAGUGAUUCCUAACUGCUUGUUUAACAAGAAUCUUGAAUUUUGGCAGUGUAUGGAUUGCAGACAACUAUACUGGGAGAUUGAAGAAUCUGACUCUGAUUUUAUGCGUGCUACAUUCUCAGUGGAGAGUGGAGACUGGAGUUAUUGGCAAAAGAAAAAGAAAAGGAAUUGCCUAACCUAUUAA